GUUGACGGGUCUUUCUGCUGUGGGUUGGUGGAUAGUUCAGGGCACUGUACUGGAGAAACAUGGCGCCCAGCACUCAGGAUGAAGUUGUAUCUGGAGUGAGGAAAGGAAUUAGAGGUAUCCUGCUGGGACCACCCGGUGCUGGAAAAGGAACUCAGGCUCCUCGGCUGGCAGAGAAAUUCUGUGUGUGUCACUUGGCCACUGGAGACAUGCUAAGAGCCAUGGUGGCCUCCGGGUCUGAACUCGGCCAGAGAUUAAAACAAACCAUGGAUGCUGGCAAACUGGUAAGUGAUGAAAUGGUGGUUGAGCUUAUUGAGAACAAUCUUCACACACCGGCCUGCAAGAACGGAUUUCUGUUGGACGGGUUUCCUCGCACAGUCAAGCAGGCAGAAAUGCUGGAUGAUCUGCUUGAGAAGCGCACGGAGAAGCUGGACGCUGUAGUCGAGUUCUCUGUGGAUGAUUCUCUCCUGGUUCGUAGGAUCUGUGGGAGACUUAUUCAUCAGCCCAGUGGGCGCUCCUACCACGAGGAGUUUAAUCCACCCAAGGAACCCAUGAAGGAUGAUGUGACUGGAGAGCCUCUGAUCCGCCGUAGUGAUGAUAAUGAGAACACCCUACGCUCGAGACUGGAGGCCUACCACAAACAGACAGCACCGCUAGUUCAGUACUAUAGUGCACGUGCUAUACAUCAUGCUGUCGAUGCUGCACAGUCCCCUGAUGUCGUCUUUGCCUCAAUCCUCGCUGCCUUCUCUGCUGUCACCUGUAAAGAUCUUGUGUUAUUCAUCUAAAACCUUCACCUCUCUUUGUUCCUACUUUUUCUCUUGGGGAUCCUUGUCCAUCUCUUAUUUGGCAAGGUUUGGGUCCUAGCAAAUGCUGUGCUUGAGUGUUUGUGUGUGUGUGGGUUUGCCAGCUUUUGGUUGUUUGAAAGCAUGGUGUUGUGACUACUCUGCCUAUGAAAAUGUGACUGACCAUAAUCAGCCUUUUCUUAUUAUAAUUGUAGACCAUGAUGGCACAAAGAUCAUUUUAGGUGCUCAGGUGAUGCAGCAGUAAAACAUGCUAGCACACCUAAGUUCUAAUCUCAGCUCUGCUACCUGUAUGGACAAUGAUUGGCUUGUCCUAGAGCAGGAAUGUUGGAGGGAAUUCCUCAUGACUGCUGCAAUUAUGAGCCCUGCUGGCUGAUUGAUGGCACCUGUACAGAGACAGGGGACAAUGAAGAUCAGUGCGUGACUCUCCGUGCUCGAAAGGGAUCUUCAUAUGACCCCAUCUCGUUAAGGUGAUGAUAAGCGAUUGGCUACUGCACACAUGUUGGAGAGGGCGUGUAUUAGUCACGGCCCUCCUUGGUCAUGAGUGGAGGUCAACAGAAGUAGAGGCAGCAAAAUGUUACUAGGUAAUUGGAUAUGAAAACACUGGGUCUUCCUGUUACAAGUGAAAGAGGUAGGCUAGAGAUUUCAUGUGUCCAAGCAACCAGCGGUGGGUAAAACCACGUUUAGACAGACCACGAUAAGAGUGCUUAUGUAUUUAGUAAUCUUAAUUACUGAGCCAGCAUGACUAAUAUGUGAAUGUCUUUUCCUUUUAAUUACUACUAGUUUUCUUUUGAUCCUCUUUUGACCAUUCCUUUUGUCACAAUGCAUGAGUUACUAAAUGAUUUGACAUGUAUCCAACCUACAAAGCUUGAAGAUUCUCUAACUUUAACUGUUUGGUGUAAGUUGCUUGAUUUUGCUUUCAUGUUGACUCUUUGUAAGCAAACACCAAACUACUGUGUUUAAUUAAAUUGCACUGACUACCUGAAUCAGACUUGUUGCACAGAUAAAUGUAGUUCUACUCGUGUCCACCAGAGGUAGUGUGUUUAUUAUAAGUUGUUUUUGCAGCAUUUUGGCUGCAAAAUUAAAGUCACACAAACUUUUUUUCCUGUAUACAAUUUUCCCUAAUACACAUAUACUACAUGCACAAAAGUAUUUGGACAACCGUUCUAAUUCUUGAAUGUAUGUGUUUCAACAAUUGCUAACAGGUGUAAUAAAUCAGUUAUAUAAAGGCAAUUGUAUGCUGCUGUUAUAGCUAAAAAAAAAAAGAUGAUCAGCUCAUGGUCAGGUGUCCAAAUACUUUUAGCCAUAUAGUGUAUGUCCUAAAUUGAAUGUUAAAUUCACGCACGCCAUUUUUUUUUCUCCUACAGCCAUCUGAAACCCUUCUUCCUCCGUGCAGUCUGAUCCUGGUGAGACAAAGCGGGGGUGUCUAGCAUAUAAAUAAGUUAUAUUAGUGGUAAUAAUGUGCUUUGUUCUGGGCAGUCUGGCAAAAUAAAAUCAGAGCACUGUGAACCUGCUCAUGUUGCACCUUAAUAAAAGCCGAUUUUCUACUCA